GUGGGGGCCCUGGCAAAGUGGCGAUCUGGAGUCUAGGAAACGGGGCGGACGGGGCGGGAAGGUGGCGGGAGGGGGCCGAGCCGGAGCGGGCGCGAGGGCCAGGCUUGGAGGCCCCCACCCUGGCUUGUCCGCCCCCGCCGCGGCUGAGGAGGAAGAAGAGAAUGACCUCCAGAUACACUAGGAAGGCGGUGCCACAGAACUUGGAGUUGAAAGGAAUAACAAAACAUGCUCUUAAUCAUCAUCCUCUUCCUGAGCAACUGGAUGAAAUUUCCUCUGCCAAUGACAGCCGUGAAAAGGACCUAAGUUCCCAAAGUGAAUCUGACAUCACACAAGAAUCACCUUUUACAUCAGCUGACACUGGAAAUUCAAGGUCUGCUUUUCCAAGUUAUACAAGCACAGGGAUCUCUACUGAAGGCAGCUCGGACUUCUCCUGGGGAUAUGGUGUGAGUUUUAUGUUAUUGGUCUCAUGGAGUGCUUGCGUGACUGUUCUGGGAGUUAGGAUUUGUCCGUUUG